AGCACGAAGAGGAGCGGCCCGAGGAGGAGCAGCAGUGGCAGGAGCAUUGCGGGGCUCCACGGCGAGCCCGCUGAGCCCGCAGCUCGGCUGGCCCCGGCAGCAUCGCAUUGCCCUGCGUGCCGCGGCAAGCAAGCCAGCAGCGCUGGGUGCUCUGGGAGUCACCGCUCUACUCACGGCACACACCACUUACAAGUUCGGAUUUCCCAUUCCCAAACCUUAUCUGGAUGAAGGAGAAGGCUGCGAGGAAGCAGAAGAUGCCGAAGGACACUGAGGCAGACAAGGAGCUGAGGAUGGGGAGCAGGGAGGACAAAUCCCCACGGCAGAACCUCAUGGACAAGGCCAUUUUGAGCAGCUCCAUGGCACAGGAACCUAAUGGGGCUAAAAAGCCUCGGAGAUCCCUCAGGAGGAGGGGCUCCAAACCCAGCCCAGGAUGCUCCAAGGGGAAAAGACCCAGCCUGUGCCAGGAAGGCAGCCAGAGAUCUGGCCAGAGCUCUGAGGUGGUAGCCAGUGAGCAGCAUGACAAUGGCAAGAAGCCCCACUGGUGCUUGGAAUGUGGGAAAAGUUUCCUCAAGAACUCCUACCUGGUCGUCCACCAGAGGAUCCACACCGGGGAACGGCCAUAUAAGUGUGGGGAAUGUGGGAAGAGCUUCAGGAUCAGCCACCACCUGAUGAACCACCAGAGGAUCCACACCGGGGAACGGCCCCACGAGUGUGGGGAAUGUGGACAGAGGUUCAAGAUCAGCUCUGCCCUGAUCGUCCACCGAAGGACCCACACUGGGGAACGGCCCUAUGAGUGUGGGGAAUGUGGACAGAGCUUCAGGAUCAGCUCCCACCUGAUCGUCCACCGAAGGAUCCACACGGGGGAACGGCCCCAUGAGUGUGGGGAAUGUGGGAAGAGCUUCAAGAUCAGCUCCCACCUGAUCUGCCACCAGAGGAUCCACACCAAUGAACGGCCCUAUAAAUGUGGAGAAUGUGGGAAAGGCUUCAGGAGGAGCUCCAGCCUGAAACUCCACCAGAUGACCCACACUGGGAUACGCCCGUAUGUGUGUGGGGAGUGUGGGAAGGGCUUCCGUGACAGCUCUCGCCUGAUCAUCCACCAGACAAUGCACACUGGGGAAUGUCCCUACACGUGCUCUGAAUGUGGGAAGAGCUUCAUGGGGAACGCCAGCCUGAUUAUGCACCAGAGGAUCCACACUGGGGAGAGGCCCUACGAGUGCGGGGAAUGUGGGAAAAGCUUCAGUGCGCCCUCCGCCCUGAUUUUCCACCAGAGGAUCCACACUGGAGAGAGGCCCUACAAAUGUGAGGAAUGUGGGAAAAGCUUCAGCAAGAGGUCCGGCCUGACUGUCCACCAGAGAAUUCACACUGGGGAGAGGCCCUACAAGUGCGGGGAAUGUGGGAAAAGCUUCAGCCAGAGCUCCAGCCUGACUGUCCACCAGAGGAUCCACACUGGGGAGAAGCACUAUGAGUGUCCUGAGUGUGGGGAGAGGUUUCAGAGCAGAUACCGUCUCCUCAAGCAUCAGCAGAUUCACACAGAAUAGAGGCCCUUCCGCUGCCCCGACUGCGGGAGGGGCUUUAAGAGAAACUCCACCCUCAUCACCCACCAGCGGAUCCACGCUGGGGAGAGGCCCUAACAGUGUCCCAAGUGUGGGAAGCGCUUCUCCCAGAACUCUACUGUGACCCAGCACCAAGGGAGGCAGCAGUAAGGGAAGGCCUACAAGUGCCCCGUGUGCGGGAAGAGCUUUGAGCACUGCUCCAACUCCAUCCCCAUUGGAUGGUCCACGAUGACCCUCAUUGGGCAGAGACUUGGUGAUCCAUGGUCCUUUUGAUCCAUGUUAGGAAGAAACCUGGCUGGUGAUCUCCACCUGGCUCCUCUUAGACACUUGGGCAGCAGGAGAAAAAUCCAUUGGGUUGCAAACCAACAUCAGAAUUUCAUAGGGGACAGUACAGUUUUUUACUUUCAACCCCAAAAAUAUCUCACGUUUUGCAUCCAAUCAUUUCUUCAGGUGGCAUCAAGGAAUACUCGAUGGUGUUGGAGGUCUUUUCCAACCUAAAUCAUUCCAUGAUUCUAAUUGUAUCUGGCCCAUAGGCGUCUUGCACAGCCAAAUGGUGAUGGACUGGGGCACAAAACCAGGAUUUUGGAGACAAUGGAGUGGAAAUUCCUCUAGAAAAGAUCCUUUCUACCCACCCAGGCACAUGGAUACUCAGCCAGCAUGUACACGUAAAUCCUUUUAUUUUGGCCUUGAUUUUCCUUCAUAUUUCUUCAUCCCUUCACCCACCAUUGGGGUAAAAAUAAAGACAUUUAACUAA